AGUCCACGUAUCCAAUUCAAUGAGGUGAUUAAAUCUCUCUGAGUUGAGAAGGUCGAUCAUUUUUCUAGGGUUUGUGAGCAGAAGAUUCAGACUUGAGCGAGUGAAAGAGGUGAAGUUCGAUUCGUCUGAUUGAAGAGGGAACAUGUCGAAUGUGGGAACAUCAAAGGGAAUUCUGGAGAUCGGAAAAUUUGGGCUGUACGUCGCCAUCCCCGUCGUUCUUAUGUACACCUUCGCCAACAACUCUAAGAAUCUCCAGAGAUUCAUGGGCAAUCAUUCGUAUGUAGUGUAUCCACCAGAGGCACCGAGACCUCCAUCACCGGAGGAAAUGAGGGAGAUGGCACGAGAGCUAGCUCGGAAGAAGGCUGCCCGUUGAGGCUUUAAGUGCUUUGGUACUUAAGUGCUUUGCUGCUGUACAGAAAAUGCUAUGUUCUUGUUUGGAUUUCGGUUUAAAUAAUGGCAAUGCUGAGUGGUUAGUAA